CCUUUGGAAAUCCCAACAUGACAGCAAGCUAAGCAGGCGACGAAAGCAUUCAAUUUAUUGGUCGCACAAGCAAUGGCCACACUACUUCGAUUGAUGUGUGCGGCCAGUCGGCCAGUGUGAGUGAGAAAAGUUUGCAGAAGAAAGAAGGUGCCAUCGAAGUGCAGGCCGUGGAAAAGUGAAAACAGAAACUGGAAAAUUGCAGCGCCUGUAGAAGAAGAUCGUAAAAAAAAUGUGUUGCCUUUUCGCGUUUGGUGUAAAUCUACGGGAGAAGUUUUCGUCGAUUAAACUUGUACAAACUAAGCUUAUCGUGUGGUGAAAGAAGAGGAAGCGUAAUUUUGUUGUCAAAUCGGUUGCACUACCGAUACGAACCGCCCCCAACACAUACGUACCUUAGUAUCGGUUCGCAGAUACAGGUAGCAGGUUCCGUUUCAGUGAGAGAGAGACCGCGUGUGCUGGUGUUGUACCGUCGACACAGCUUCCCGCGAUCGAUCCCCCCGAUCCCGGGCCAGCCGAACAAACGAACGGGCAAACGCACCGAAACAAACCCAACACCACAAACCCAGCAGUAUUUGUUGCAAAGUGAUCCUCGCUCCGUUUCGUGAGCGACCUUUGUGAGUGAUUCUCUGUAGUCGAGGCGGCACUGUGCACGGUGCCACCACGGUCCUUCCGGUUUCUUACUUCCGUUUCAAAGAAGGGAAAUACAACUGGUCGAAUUGUUCGUUCCGGUGUUUGCAUCAACCUACGGGUGCGCUGCAAACGUUGCUGCGUCCGUCCGUUCGAUAGAGUGACAUUUUUGUUUCGUGUGUGUGUCAACGCUUCAGUGGGUGCGUGCGUGUGUGUGUGUGCGAAAACAGAAUAGAUCGGAACUCACUUCGUUGUGCGUUAGGUUAUUCGUUUCCGUUUUCCGCAGUUGGUCAUCAUUUUGGGCAUGAUGAACAACAACAGCAGUGGUGAUGAGCAGGUUGAGUGUCCACUGUGCAUGGAGCCGCUAGAGGUGGACGAUCUGAACUUCUACCCCUGUACCUGUGGUUAUCAGAUCUGUCGCUUUUGCUGGCACCGGAUCCGCACGGACGAGAACGAGCUGUGUCCGGCGUGCCGGAAAGCGUACCCGGAAAAUCCGGCCGACUUUACGCCCCUGUCGCAGGAGCAGAUUGCGGCGUUCAAGGCGGAGAAGCGGCAGCGGGACCAGCAGCGAAGGGCGAAGAUUUCCGAAAACCGCAAACACCUUGCCAAUGUGAGGGUGGUGCAGAAGAAUCUGGUGUUUGUUGUGGGGUUGCCACCCAGAUUGGCCGAUCCGGAGAUUCUGAAGAAACAUGAAUACUUCGGAAAGUAUGGUAAGAUCCAUAAAGUGGUCAUCAACCCUAGUACGACGUAUGCUGGUGUGCAGGGUCCUUCGGCGUCGGCGUACGUGACGUACAUCAACAACAACGACGCGCUGAGGGCAAUCCAAAGCGUGAACAACAUCAUGAUCGAUGGUCGACUGAUAAAGACGAGCUUAGGUACGACGAAGUACUGUAGCCACUUUAUGAAAAACCAAACCUGUCCCAAGCCGGACUGCAUGUACUUGCACGAGCUGGGCGACCAGGAGGCUAGCUUUACGAAGGAGGAGAUGCACCAGGGGAAGCAUCAGGAGUACGAGAAGCGGUUGCAUGAUGCCAUGCAGGCGCAGUUAGGUCUGACGUCGGCGGCAGCAGCAGCAUCGGCAGCAGGUGGCGGGCAUAGUCAAAAUGGUGUUGGCAGCAGUAGUACGGCGGCGGUCACUGCCGGCGGUAGUACGGCUGCUACCGCUAGCACGAUCGCGGUGUCAUCUAGCGCGGCGGCAGUGGUGACGGCGACGGCGGCGGCAGCAACUACGGCAGCGGCGGCCGUUGCGGCAGGAACAACUGCAGGUGCGUCCUCCUCCACGCUGGUGGUAAAUGGCGGCAGUGCGGGUAGUGCGGGUAGUGGUGGUGGUAGUGGUGACAGUGGUGUACCCAGGUCUGGCGGCGGCGGCACUAGCGCCCACAGCAACACCACCAGCGGCAGCGUCGCAAGAGGAACCAGCAAAUCGUCGUCCGGCAGUGAUAUAAAACAGAUUAGCGACAUUACCAAUGGACCGAUACCGAGCAAAGAAGCGUGGCCCAGCUUAUCGACGACGCCGAACGGAAGUAGCAAUAAGGAGAAUAAGCUUAACGGUAAAACAGCAGUGAAUGGCAGCAGCAACAAGGAAAACACGAAUCGAACCGACCGAAAGCACGAAACGAAAUCUCGCACUAAAGGAGGCAAGAACAAGCAGCAGCAGCAGCAGCAGCAGCAGCAACAACACAAUAACAAAAAUAGUCACGACAAUUCCAGUAAUCAUAAAGAUAGUACAAGCAACGUGACUAGUGCCAACGGUGUUGUUGCGGCAGCUGCCAAGGGCACCAGUGCGGCGUCCUUGGUGAACGGAAAGGGAGGCAAGGCUGCGGCGAACGGUACCAAUGGCAAGCAGCAGCGGAACGGUGCUAGUGGCCAGGAUGCCCACGAAACGGCGAUCGUCAACGGAAGCAGCAAGGAAGCGCAGAACAACACGAAGAACCUCCGACAGCAGCGCGAACGUGAACGGGAGCAGCAGCAUCAGGCACUGCUUAAGGGUGAUACCGGCGACCAGCAGCAGGCGCAGGGCAAGAAGCGAGAAACGAAUGGGAUCAGCAAUGGCACGACGGCGGCGACCAGCAUUAGCAAUGGGACCGCACAUGGAAACGGUCAUAUUAUCAGUAACGAUCUGGACGAUGAUGAUGAUGAGCUGGACUUUGAGGAUCUGGACAACGACGCGCUGUCGUCGGAUAACGAUGGCAAAACGGAUUCACCUUCGUUAAGUAGCUCAGCUUCGUCCCGGAACGGUGUUGACAGUGAAACGGCUAGCGGCAAGAGCACGCCUGGUGCGUUUGUCGAUACGCUCAGUAGCAAUGGUGACAGCAACGUGAUAAACGCUGUGCCCGAAGGUGACGUUGCCGUUGCGAGCACCGCCGACGGAAGCGAAACGAGCGCCAUACCGAAACCGAGACCGGAUGCGGAAUGCGCCAGUGAAUCGAAUCGCAACUCCUCCUCACCAUCGUCCAGCUCGUCGUUGGGCGAUGAAAAGGCGGACAGCGAAAGCACCGUGCUGGUGGCUUCCUCAUCCUCUACUACAACCUCGUUGUACGGUGGGUUGGAUGAUGGUGCGGAAAGCAAUGCGGCUGUGAUCGAGGCGUCGAUGGGCAAGUUGACCGUCACCGACACCACCAACACCGGCAGCAACGGUGGCAUCAUGAAUCAAAAGUUUGCCAAUGAGCUGCUGGACAUGAGCGCACGGUACAGCAAGCUCGACAGCAUACUGGACGACAAUAGCAGCUUCUUCUCGUACAACGCGUUCGAUCCGUACGGCAAGCCGGGUGUGACGGGCGUGACGGAUCUUGGCGUGGACGGUGGUAGCGGCAUACCGAACGUUGGCCUGACUUCUUCGCAACUUCCCGAUCUCUUAAGCGGUACAAACGACACAAACGAACAGCACGCAAAGGAGCUGUUGAAAAACAUGGGCAAUCUGCAGCAGCAGCAGCACCAGCAGCAGCAACAACAACAGCAUCACCAGCAGCAACACCAACACCAGCAGCAUCAACAGCAUUUGCUACAGCAAGUCGCCCGUUUGCAGCAGCUGUCGGGUGGACUUAUCGGCAACGGUGAUAGCAGCAUGAUUGGCGGCGGUGCUGCCGACGACCUGGACCCGGCCCUCAGCAAAUGCUUACUGCGGCAGAAGUACAUGCUGGAGGACCAGCAGGAAGAGUGGCUUCGUCUGCAACAGCAGCAGCAGCAGCAGCAGCAGCAACUACAGCAGCACCAGCAGCAGGAGCAGCAGAAACGCAACCACCUGAACAAUGGACUGAAUGGACUACCGCCAUUCCAUAAUUUUAACGAAUUUGGAACAAAUGAUUUUUGGCACAAAACACUCGCUAUGCGGAACAACUUCCUAAGCCAACAGCAGCAGCAGCAGCAUCAGCAGCAGCAGCAACAGCAAAGGCUACACACAGACAUGAGCCAGAUGUAUGGCAAUGCAAACAUGUCCAAGUUGAACAAGUUCUUCGACUUUCACAAAAACCAGCAACAGCAGCAACAGCAGCAGCAGCAAUUUUUACUCAAUGGACAAACUUCAAUCCCACAGCAGGCGCUAGACAUGAACCUGCUAGCGCUGGAAAGCAACCGUUUAAAUGGCCAUUUCCUCGAACAACACAACGAAAGUUUAUUAAGUUCUCAGCAGCUUCAGAAGCAGCGACUGCUUAAUAUCAAUCUCGGCACACACAAUCCGCUGUUAAACGGUAAUGAGCGCUCGAUGCAGCAGCAUAAGGCUGCGGUAGCGGCAGCCGCCGCCGCUGCAGCAGCUGCGGCUGCAUCGCAACAGCAACCGCCACAGCAGCAGUCGGGCAACAGAACUCAGCAGCAGCAGCAGCAGCAGCAGCAGCAACCCCAAUAUCCCCAAAAUCCGACCGUAGACGAUGAUCUUGGGUUCGAUCCGUUCUUGGAGACCCAGAAGGCACUGGCUGAACUGAUGAACGAUGAGAUGAAUCAGCAGCAGCUGCCCCAGAGCGGUACCAACCAUAGCAAGCUGCUUGAAAACGUACAGCAGCAGCAACAGCAGCAGCAGCAGCAGCAACGUACCCGAAUGCCGCCACCAGGCUUCAAUCACAUGAACGCUUUCGGUUACGGUGUACCCCGGGCACAAGGCAGCAAAAUUUUGCCAUUCAUGAACGGCGGCGGCAUGCAGCAGAUGCCCAACGGACAGCAACCACAGCAACCGCCCCAAAAUGGCAACUGGAAUCAGCAGAUGCAGCAGCCAUUCCUAGGAUAUCAGCAAAGUGAGCACAUGGCACAGCAAGCUCAACAGCCAAACGGUCUCAACAAAGCAGCAGCGUAUGGUAACAAUCUCACCGACUGGACGUCGAUGGAUCCGGCCAUCGUUUCUUACCGUCAGUUCUCCUUCAUGAACGGUCCCAACCAACCGGCCGGGGGCGACAUGUUUCUGAACGCUCAGCAGCAACAGCAGCAGCAGCAGCAAAUGAAUCAACAGCAAAAUCUUCAACCUGGACAGGGUUUCGGACACCAUGGUCUCAACUUGCAGUCGAACCUGAUGGGUCAACAGCAGCAGCAGCAGCAGCAGCAGCAACAGCAAGCAAAUCCACAGCUUAACUUUUCUCACGUCAACAUCAUUAACAACGAGCGAAACGUUUUCAUGUACGAGGUGGCCGCCAACUGCGGUUUCCCGAACGGUUUCGACAAGUACUCGAUCCCGAUGCCGCCGGGCUUCCAGAACAACGUCCCCGGCAGCAACAAGCAGAAAACGGAGUGCAUCAACUAAUAAACAUCUGGCCGCAUGUAAUACACCAAGCAAACCACACACACACAAGUAAUCACACAUUUUCCUGCUCGUCGCCGCCGGGUCAGUCGCAGCAUCAGUCAGUCAGCCCCAGUCAAGCCCAGCCAGGACGGAUACAGGCGGGGACUGGUUUUUAUUUUGUUUUUUUUCCCCCUCCUCCAAAACCAAAUCUUCCCAGUUAAUAUGGCGCUUUGUUUUCGAUUUUCCCCGAAUGGGAGGAUAGCUACACAACGGAUAACAGAAGCCAAAAACAAAAACAAAAAUGCGAAAGUGCGUGCGAAUAAGGGAGAGAGAGAGCAAGCAAGCAAAAAUGUGCAGUAAGUACCUCUAGUCUACGACUUGGUUUUGUUUUGUAAAGAGCAUUAAAAUUUGAAAACCUCAAUAAGCAAUCAAACACAAACACAACAGCGCAGCAAGCGUCAACUUUUCAUCCACACCGACGCAUUCCACGGGGUGAAUGCCGAGGACACGAGGGUAGUAGGGAAGUGCAGGAAGUGAAGGGCCCAUUGAUUGUUGUACCCAACAGUGAACACCGGCCAGCUUCCUCCGUCUGAGAUAGAGCGAUCGUUGACACACGAUAAGUGAAACGAAGAAUGGAAAAGUUAAAGCAAAGCGCGCGCGCACCAUUCGCCAGUCGUUCGUAUGUGGUAUUUUUGUUCUGUGCAAUCAAGCACAGAUUGAUUCGAUUAGUUUUGCAUUGCCCAGGAGAAAAAAAAACAACCCAGUACGAGCGACAACCACGGGCCAAUGGAUGGUUGCGUGCGGUGGAGAGCUUUCGACGAGCAAUCGACACAUCGGUAAAGAAGCGAAGCAAAUUAAGAUUUCAGUCGGGUUGAGUCCGGAAUGCGGUGAACUCAAUGGUCAAACUGGGUUGGUGGUGUUCUUUUGCAGGAAUACUACUGCUAAGGGAAGACACAGGUCAGAUUCGGAAUCUUGGUUGGGCGGGUUUUUUUGGUGGUACAGCGUCUUUGUGUGUUGUGAAAGCAAAAAAAGAGGGAGCCCACGUAUGCCAAGCUGCGUCCGCAAUCUAGCACAUUGAGAAGGGUCAGGUUGAAGAAAUUUUUAAACGAUGGUUUGUGGCCUGUAGUGACCUUUUUUGAGUUGAGGGAUUGACACAAGCAAUUCUGUUUUUUUGAUACUAAAUUAACAAACUAGACUAACUCAACCAUCGGUCGGCAUCGGUUGGGCGGUUUGGGUACAGACGAUUGGCUUCUCAGUGGGAGGUUUUUUUAAACGGCAGUAGCAUGCUCAUUGUUUAGUAAUACAAUAAGACAUUAAUGUUCCAAUUUGAAAGGGGUUUGGGCAAAACUUUGUUUUUAUUCCCACUUUGUUUUUCGUUUUCACUUACCUUAUCCGGACCUUACCUUAACCUGGAUAGUUAGUCGUUGCCUGCGGGAUUGACGAUUUCGGGUUGAUCCCACUGUAUGCCGGUCGACCAUCGGGGCUAGCCUCAAGUAAAAGAACACAGUGGGGAAGAGAACGGAAUAGAAACAAAGUUUUGUCACAUUUCGGACAGUUAGUUUAUCAUUAUAUAGCUCCGAUCCACCCAGCGAGAACGUCGUUUGGUCCAUUAUGUUGGAAAAGAUUUAACCACCUAGUGGAUUUUGGCCACUUAAUCCACUAGACGGUUAAAACAAUUCCCCCCUUUGGCCUGAACGAAACACCGUUCCCUUUGUGUGGAUCGAAACCACCCAUCGUUCUGUUAAAAAUGUCUUAUUAUAUUAAUGUGUGAGCGUCCAUCACAGGCGCGUAGAAGCUUUCCGUCUGUACGAAACCCCGCCACCGCUUGUUGAACGGCGGUUGCUUACGGGCACAUAAUAAGCUUGCCAUAUGCGUUGUGGACUGGCAUUAGCAUUAGCCAGCAGACCACCACCAAUGAAGCAUUUUACCACCCCCUUUAUAUGGCGUUCUCGUUGGACACAUUGGAUGAACGUUUGUUUCCCAUUUUUUAUUGGCCGUAGUUUUUUUUUUGUUUUAUUUUUGUUUUUGAUUUCCCAUCGACAAAUCUAUCUAUUACAUUGCCCCAGCUGCGCUGCAUUGAUGUUGGGCAACAACGAGCGAAACCGGCGGGAUGUGUGAUGAUGAAAGUACUAUAUUACUAUAUUUCACCAUUUAUUAUUGGUUAUUAUUGAUUACUGAAUUUAUAUUACGAAACAGCAGCCAACAGCAAGCAAAAGCGCGCCCCCCGAGAGACAGAGAAAACAAAAGGAAAAUUGGGUGCGAAUCAUAAGCUCAGCGUGGGUGAAUGACAUACUAUUUGCAAUAUACGCAUAGAGUUAUAUAUACUACAAGUAGCGCUAUAUACGGCAACAAAAACACCGCUCUUCAUAAUCUCUACCACUGCUGCAUUGGGUUGGACGAAGAGGAAAAUGGCACACGAGUUAUACAAAAACACACAAGAGAGAGCGAGAGAGAGAGAGAACGCUCGAUGAAAUUGAUUUUAACGAUCGCUUUUCGCUGUGUACUCCAUCGUCCAGGCGCAGAAGCAUUGGCAAGCACUUUUCCAAUUUCCUGUAGCCCACCAGGGCAAGAAGCAUCCUGCCAGCUAUUACAAAAGGCAUUUGAAAUCCUGUUGUGCGUGUGAGAUUGGUGUCCUGAUCGUUGCAAACGUUAAGGGUGCAACGGUGAACACAUGUGUCGGACUUUCUUAACCAUUAUCAGCAGGAUUGAUGCUUCCCGGUGGUGCGUUGAUCGCACAGACGGGAAGCAAAAUCGCACCGUAGGGAAAGCAGGGGACUCCUAAACAAAAGAUCCCCCUACCCCCCCCCUCAUUCACCACCUUUAUUUGGUUGGAGAAAAAAAGGGUUGCUGGAAAGGUGCUGUGAUGUGCUGUGCGCAAUAUCUGCUGGAAGGUGUGGAACAGCGAAAAAGCCCCCCGCUGCACUCACGGGGAGUUUCCGUUUGAAAAGCGGAAACGAAAAUGAGACAGCAAUGAUGAGAGAAACACACACACACCUAUAUACAUAUAUAUAUAAACAAGAAUCGUGACUGUACAUUGAUGCUGCUGUUGAAAUGAGCUGUUAUAGGAGUUGCGAAAAGAUAAACAAAACAGACCACACAACGCUAUGCGAGCGAAUUGCUGAAGUUGAAGUUGAAGCUGCUAAAACGUUAUAUUGAUCAAGACGAUAAUCCUGCUAUCAUCAUCUACUACUACCACUUCUACUACUACUACUGCAGCUACUUCUAUUCAUUCAACCAUCCAUCACCACCACCGGCCCCGAUAUACAGACUUGAUGUACGAAAGCGGUAAAGUAACUCCCGAAGCGGUCGAUAUCGAUGCAUUUUCUAAACGCUAACAAAGUGCAUCGCAACACGAGCGAUAGAUCGAGCGAAAAAACACACACACACACAGAGAGGAAACUCAACCAAAUUAGUAGCAAAUUAAACCGCGAUCGGCCGAGAAGGAGUGGAGUAGCUAAACGUAAUCGUAAAUCAUCGUAAACCGGGUUGUCCGGAUGUGCUGUGGUGUGGCUGGGUAUGUGUGGUUGUACGCGUAGCAAGAAGGAAGCAGAAGAAGAAGAAGAAGAAGAAGCUAGGCAAUGUCGGUCGGGACAGCAACAGUCCGAACAGCAAGGAAGGGGCGGGAGGAAAGGACGAUAUAAACCGAAGAAGCUAUAAAGGGAAGAUUUACAGAGAUAUAAAAUGCGAAAGCAACAAACAAAACUGCAAAAUGGAAAAUACUAUGGCAGAGAAAAACCAUAAAAAUAUACUUAAAAUUUGAAAAAA